AUGUCUCCUGUGGCUGCCUCCAGCGAUCCCGCGUCCCCCGACAACCGUCUCUCCAUCCUCUCCGACCUCUCCUUGCCACCAGCUCUUUCCUUCAAAUGCGCUGUCAUCGACUCUAAGGGCCCCCGCCGCACCAUGGAGGACGCACACUCCAUCGUCGCCCCCUUUGCCGGCGUCCGCGGUCAGGGUUUCUUCGCCAUCUUUGACGGCCACGCAGGAAAGCAGGCCGCAGAGUGGUGUGGUCAUAACUUCGCUCAGUGCCUCUUGAACGUCCUCAGGAAGGACCCCACAGCGAAUAUUCCCGACGUGCUCAACCAGUGCUUCCACGAAGCCGACAGUAGCCUCUCCAAAAUGUCCGAGGCCUCCGACGGCAAGAUGCACUCCGGGUGCACCGUCGUCACCGCCUUCCUCCGCCUCGAGAGCCCCGACGGCACCCAGUCCUUCCUCCCCCCAGGAUUCGACCCUCUCGUUCCCCCAGAGGACGACGAGGACGACGGGACGGGACGCGUCAGCCCCUCGGACUCCAAGAAAAGCGGCAGGAGCCGCUUCAAGAACGCCCUCAGGUCCCUCGGCGACGUCGGCGGGCGCCGUGCGUCGCAGUACGACGACGACGCCAACGCCAGCGCCAACUCCAACGCCUAUACGCCAUCCGUGUCCGCGCCCAUCCGCCGCGUGCUCUAUUGCGCGAACGCGGGCGACGCGCGCGGCGUGCUCUGCCGCGCGGGCAAAGCCGUGCGCCUCACGUACGACCACAAGGGCUCGGACAAGCAGGAGGCGAAACGCAUCAUGGACGCCGGCGGCUUCGUCAUGAGCGGCCGCGUGAACGGCGUGCUCGCGGUCACGCGCAGCCUCGGCGACUCCUCGAUGAAGGAGUUCGUCGUCGGCGCGCCCUACACGACCGAGACGGAGUUGAGCGAGGAGGACGAGUUCUUGAUCCUGGCGUGUGAUGGGCUUUGGGACGUGGUCGAAGACCAGGCGGCUGUGGAUCUGGUCCGCACACUGCUGGAGCCGAAGAAGGCGGCAGAGGAGCUGUUGGAGCAUGCAUACAAGAAUUACUCGACAGACAAUAUGACCGUGCUGGUCGUGCGAUUCAGGAAUCCGCCCGAAAGCACGUCUGCGUCCCAGUGA